AUGCGUGUGCUCCACUGGAUCACCUGGAUCAUCGCCAUUGGCAGUCCUGGAAUUUGUUUUCAGGCCGAUGAUCGACUCCACAAUACCGCUAUGUCGCGAGUAACUCCAGAUAAGGUUCUCGUGGGCUCUAGGGAACAGUAUUCGAUUCUCGGAUUUGGUGCGUCCACAAAAUCCAGCGGCAGUGGUGUGCAAUACUCGGGCAACGUCGGCAGUCCAUAUGGGAGCAAUGUUAUUGAAGUCCCAGCUACACAGGCUCACCGAUAUAAAUAUGUUGUUCGUUUUGAGCGACUGGGUAAAGGCGACAACUGGACCGUCGUAAUCUGGAACAAAAUUGCGCCCGAUGGUACCAUAGGAGGAUGGUAUGGAAAGGCCUGCAAAAAGUUUGCCUUAGCAGCGGGCCAAAUCCGUUACAUCGCGUUCAACGAAGAUUCCCAAGGUGGAUGGGCUGCAGCGCCCGGUUCUCUCGUUCCAGCUGAUGGCAAUGGCGGCUACGCUUCGACCUGGGGUGAAUUCGACUUCGGUUCCACGGUCAAUCUGGGCUGGUCGGGGUUUGAUGUUUCUGCCAUAGCUGCACAAAACGCUGGCCUUGAGGUUCAGGGUAUGAAGAUCUGCGAGGUUCUCACCCAUAUUUGCUCUUAUAUUGGUCCAGCAGCCGCCUUUGUCCACAACGCCUACACAAGUGCUGUGGCUGACAUCGGUGGUAUUGGCGGCAAGCUUGCCCCUGGUCCAGUAAGACUCGCAGUCACUAUUGGUUACAAUAUCACACACGCAUAA